AUGUCGGUCAAAAAUGAACGGAACGUCAACGAUGUGUUAGUCCAGGGAAAGGGAACGGUAUCCGGGCAACACAGAAGAUUCUUGCAGGAGAGCUUAUCUGCUCGGCUCAGCCGCUUGCAUCUUGUGUGUCAAAUAAGUCCGCUAGAAAGAUAUGCCACAACUGCUUCUCAAGGUGUGAGUCUCUCCUCAGGUGUUCUCAGUGUCGGUCUGCACACGCUACUGUCACACACCGCCUGCCAGAGAAGAGCCUGGCCAGAGCACAAGCGAGAAUGCAGCUCCCUCCGCUCCCUCCUUCCCAGAAUGCCGUCUGAUUCUGUCCGGCUGGCUGCCAGGAUCAUCUUCAGGCUGCUGGACCCGUCUCCUGGUUCCUCAGAGGAGCUGUAUUCAUUAGAGGAACAUGAAACACACCUCGGCGUGAUGAGUGAGGAGAAGAGGGAGGGUCUGACUCAGCUGGGCUCCGUGCUUCAGCUCUACCUCCAACAGGAAGUACCGGCCCUCUCACAGGAAGCGACAUCUCCUCUCCCACCAGGCCUGGACCCUCUCAGUCUGCUGGCCCGAGUGAGUUACACACACUCGCACACGCUCACACACACACACAUGCUUUCUCACACACACAAACAAACAAACACACAGUCAUGGAAGAUCCUCAACAUUGCCUAG